AUGGACAAACUCAGCUUGCACGGCCUGAGCCAAUUCUACAUCAAGCUGGAAGAGUCUCAGAAGACGCGCAAACUGACUGAUCUCAUGGACAUUCUUGAGUUCAACCAAGUUGUUAUUUUCGUUCGUGACAAGCGAAGGUGUCACUCUCUGAACAAAAUCCUCCAAGAAUCCAAGUUUCCAUCCAUCGAAUUGCACUCAGACAUGGAUGCCACUGAGCGGUAA